CGCAGCGCCAAAAAGCCACGUUUUGCUAAGCUCCGCGUGCGUUUGUUCUACUGCAGAAUUGGAGAGACGUUGAAGUUGAGUCGGGAUCUGUGACGGCUCUUCAUGGCAGUCAGAAGGGGACACGUUAGAUACUUAAAAGAGGUCUAUGACAUGUCGAACGGUUACGAAGAUCACAUGGCUGAUGAGCCUAAAGAUUGCAAAACAAACCUCAUCAUCAACUACUUGCCUCAGAAUAUGAGCCAAGAUGAGCUGCAGAGUCUCUUCAGCAGCAUUGGGGAGGUGGAGUCUGCUAAACUUAUUCGGGACAAAGUAGCAGGCCACAGUUUAGGGUACGGAUUUGUUAACUAUCUUAACCCUAGUGAUGCAGAAAGAGCAAUCAGUACUCUCAAUGGACUGAGACUACAGUCUAAAACUAUCAAGGUGUCAUAUGCCAGGCCAAGCUCUGAUACCAUAAAGGAUGCCAACCUUUACAUAAGUGGGCUGCCUAAAACAAUGACGCAGAAGGACAUAGAAGAAAUGUUUGCACGUUAUGGCAAAAUAAUCAACUCCCGUGUCCUCGUCGAUCAAGUGUCAGGACUCUCUCGUGGUGUGGCUUUCAUUCGGUUUGACAAGAGAGCAGAGGCAGAGGACGCAAUUAAGGACUUGAAUGGGCAGAAGCCGCCAGGAGCUGCAGAGCCAAUCACUGUAAAGUUCGCUGCCAGUCCCAACCAAGUGAAAAACUCACAAAUUAUUCCACCUGCUUACCACACACAGCCUCGCCGCUUUGGGGGGCCCGUCCACCACCAGGCCCAGAGAUUCAGGUUCUCUCCAAUGAGUGUGGACCACAUGAGUGGCAUGUCUGGAGUUAACAUGCCUGGAAACUCCUCGUCAGGCUGGUGUAUUUUCGUUUACAACCUGGGCCAGGAUGCAGAUGAGGGCAUUCUGUGGCAGAUGUUCGGGCCGUUCGGUGCCGUCACAAAUGUGAAAGUGAUCUGCGACUUCAACACCAACAAGUGCAAAGGAUUUGGGUUUGUUACCAUGCCAAACUAUGAAGAGGCAGCCAUGGCUAUCGCUGGCCUCAACGGCUACCGCCUCGGGGACAAGAUUUUACAAGUGUCGUUCAAAACAAGCAAGUCGCACAAGUAGAAAGUAGGGUUGCCAGGAAAAUGAAGGAGAGGGAUGUUGUCUGCGAAGCCAGAGAAAUUGGCGCAGUUUUGAAAGAAAAAUGAUUUUUUUAGUGUAAUCAAGUCUUUGCAAAUGUUCAUGUUUCUAAGUCUUGUUUAGACACCUCGUUUGACAGUUUCUUUUUGUUUCUUUUAAGAUUUAAGCUGUUGGAUGCUUCAAAUGCAAGUGUUUUAGGCGUUCUGGUUUAUCCCAAUAUUUGACCAAUUUCGCAUUUGAUACAAAUUUGUGUCUCUGAUGUUAGCCUGAUAUUGUUGCUAUGUGCCAUAUGUGGUCGGACACCUCAUUCACCAGAUGCUGGAUUUAAAA